AUGUUAGGAAAACAAGUCGUCGAUUUAGUGCUCUCUCCGAAGUGGAUUAUUCCCAUUGUUCCUCGUGGGUCGAUAUUGAAAAAUACUUCGAUUGUUGUCAACAAUGGGGUCAUUGUAGAUAUUGCGGAUCGACAAAUUGUGUCGGAAAAGUAUGAGGCGAAAACGGAGUACAAAUUGGGUUAUCACGUUGUUCUUCCCGGAUUUGUGAAUGCUCAUACUCAUACACCCAUGUUUUUAUUCAAGUCAUAUGGCGACGAUAACAGCUUAUCAGAUUGGUUGCAACACUUUAUUUGGCCGAUGGAAGACAUGUUCAUUAGUCCGAGAUUUAUACGAGAUGGAUUGCAAAUGGGCUGUGCAGAAAUGAUUCGCAGUGGGACUACCUGUUUCAAUGAUAUGUACUACUACCCAGAGGAGUCUGCAGAAGAAGUAGAGAAAAUUGGCAUGCGUGCAAUCAUCGGACUGAUGGGUCGCGAUAAUGAGGGAUCGUUAAAAACAGUACUAUCUGCGAUGGAUUGA